UGAAACAUAGCUAAACAAUGUGACCUAUCUAUAAUAAUAGAAUAAUGUACUUUGUGAAAUUCUUUGGGUAAAGAAUAUUGUUGUCAUGUUUGUUUGUGAACCAAAAAAGUGCCCAUUGUUGAUGUGUGAAUGUAUGUAUUGAGUUACUUUUUAUAAUAAUAUGAAUUUUCUUCAGUGAAACAUUCCCUGAGAUAUUUUUUUACUGCUACCUAUGGAGUUCAAGACUUUCCAGAGUUUGUCGGCGCUGCAGCAGUAGAUGAAGUUCAGGUGGGAUACUGUGACAGCAACAUCAAGGUAGCCAAGCCCAAACAAGACUGGAUGAUGAAACUGAUCGAAAGGAAUCCUGAGCACCUGGAGUGGUAUUCUCAGAAGUGUCUUGGAAGUCAGCAUGUCUUCAGGGCAAACAUAGAUAUUUUGAAGCGACGCCUAAACCUCACUGAAGGUCCCCACAUUUUACAGAGAAUGAACGGCUGUGAGUGGGAUGAUGAGACUGGAGAGGUUAUAGGAUUUAAUCAAUAUGGUUUUAAUGGUGAAGACUUCUUAGCCCUGGACCUGAAGACACUGACAUGGACUGCUCCAAAAUCACAAGCUGUGCUCACAAAACUCAUAUGGGAUGGUGAGAAAGCCAGAUUAGAACAUAAUAAAAACUAUUACAUCUACAAAUGUCCUGACUGGUUGAAAAAGUACAUUCGCCAUGGAAAGAGCUUUCUUCAGAGGACAGAGCGUCCCUCCAUAUCUCUGCUCCAGAAAACYCCCUCCUCUGUGGUCAGCUGCCAUGCUACAGGUUUCUUCCCUGACAGAGCUGAGAUGUUCUGGACUAAAGACGGAGAGGAGAUUCACGAGGAUGUGGAGAAAGGAGAGAUCCUCYUCAACAAUGAUGGGACCUUCCAGAUGAGUGUUGAACUCAAUGUUUCAUCAGUCCCACCUGAUGGCUGGAGGAGAUACGACUGUGUGUUUCAAUUUUCUGGUGUUGGAGACGACAUAAAAACCACUAUGGAUAAAUCUGUCAUCCGUACAAACUGGGCUCCAGGAUUUCCAGYUGCUCCUGUUGCAGGCACUACAGUAGUWSUUCUUCUUCUGGUGAUUGCUGYARUUKUYYUCUGGCUGAAGAAACGUACUGGYUUCCAGSKUGUUGAUGCUCCUCUGGGGGAAUCCCCAGGUGUUCCUCGGCCAGCUGAGAGACAUAGUUCCUCCAGUGUGUCCUGGGUUUGCCCCGGGGCCUCCUCCUGGUGGGACAUGAACACCUCACCAGUUGAGGCGUCCAGAAGCCACCUCAACUGGCUCCUCUCGACGUGA